AUGAACACUAAACCCCUGGUCAUACAUGCAAUCAUCGCAUCUGCAAUGAUUCUCCUGACAUCAGUUGUAUGGAUAUCGAUUUAUUUUGUCGCGAUAAAACCAUCAUCGAAAGGAGACGUUUACACGAUAUUCAAUAAUUAUGGAAACAAUAGCAAUAUCAGCAGAUUUCCCCUUGAUCCAAGAUCAUGCAAUCCUCCACCGCCUGUGGAAUGCGAAAGAACAUGCGAAUUCGUAAUCUGCGAAACAAUACCAGCCGGACUUUCAUUUAACCCUUCGUAUCCGAUAUUCAAUAGAACCACAGAUUGCUGGAUGAGGCUUAUGAAAGAAGCUCAAAAUGAGAUCCUUAUUGGUAGCUUUUAUUGGUCGUUACUUGUGAAGAAUACUGGCAACAACUACGAGACGGACACGACGAACACCGGCGGAGACGGUGGACUCAUCUACAACACACUGAUAAGUACUGCACAAAGAGGAGUUAAUAUCAAAAUAGCGCAGAACUUUCGGGACGGUGGUUAUGAGGAGACAGCAGAUCUAGCAGCGGAGUCAAACGGACGAAUAAAAGUGCGAUCGCUCGAUUUCAAACAGUGGUAUCCUGGAGGGAUCCUUCAUACUAAGUCAUGGGCUGUCGACGGGAAACACCUUUACAUUGGAUCUGCCAAUUUUGAUUGGCGGGCUCUCACUCAGGUCAGGGAAUUAGGACUAGCUGUCUUCAAUUGUCCAUGCCUUGGCAAUGAUCUCAAAAAAUUGCUUCAAAUAUACUGGGAAAUGGGUGCAGAAGGAGCAAAACUUCCGGACAGCUGGCCGACAUCCUUGGCUACUCCAGCCUACCAUGGAAGGCCUACCGUAGUCCCUCAUGCUAACGGAAAUCAAGCGGUUUAUAUCUCGGCUUCUCCACCAGGUUUCCAAUCGUGUGGAAGAGAAGACGAUCUGGAUGCGAUGGUAAAACUCAUAGAUGAAACGAAGCACAGACUGGACAUGGCUGUGAUGAACUAUGCACCCUGCUCACUCUACAUGAAACCACUGAACAAGUGGUACGGUAUACUAGAUGAGGCUAUUCGAAGGGCUGCUUUCGAUAGACAAGUGAAGGUUCGCUUUCUUUUCUCGAGAUGGUCACACACUGCCGCCAAGUUCUACUCCUAUUUGCACUCCUUAGCCGACAUAAGUAGUCAAUUACAGUGCAUUUACAAAGGUAAACGGUGCUCGACAAGAGGUUCAAUUGAUAUACGUAUUAUUCAAGUCCCUGAUAUGAAGUACGGUGGAAUACCGUUCUCAAGAGUCUAUCAUAGUAAGUAUUUUGUGACGGAUAAAGCGGUUUACAUAGGAACAUCUAACUGGACGCCUGACUACUGGUGGUUCACUUCUGGAAUUGGUAUAGUGGUAAAAUCGGACGAUAUCAGCCAAACGUCCUAUCUCGUCAAGCAAUUCGCUCAAAUUUUUGAAAGAGAUUGGAAUUCGAACUACACUAUUCCGUUAUCGUAUUUUGACAACAAUGGGAAAUGGACGAAUGGAACCAAGAGGAUGUGA